CCAACCUUAUCUUCUUCCAUGGCCGUUUCCACUUCCAUCUCGACCAGCAAUUGUAGACAACCCCACAAACUCAAACUCACCUUCACUUCAACAUGUAAACUCCUCCCUAUUUUCUCUCUUCCUUGCUCAAAUUCUCGCUAUCUCUUCGUCAACAACUCCUCAUACUCCUCCCCCAUUGUGGCUGAGGAAUCUACUCAUGAUCAUCAUCUUCCUGUCAUUGAAUUAGACGUCGAGCUCCCGGAUUUGACACCUAAAGAUGAGAAUUUGAAUGAUUUCUUAUGUGGGUUGUUCAGAGAUCCUAGAAGUGAAGAGCUGGCGUUUGACUACUACCAGAAAGUGAAAGAAAGGCCUGAAUUUAGGCCUGACAAGGAAACCUUAGAGCGUAUAAUCAGGUACUUGAUCAGGUCCAAGAAAUGGGGUUUGAGUUUGUUAGUCUUUGAAGAUUUUAAGAGUUUUGAUGCACAGCUUGAUGGUGAUAUUUGUUGUAGAUUAAUUAGUAGUUGCAUUAGGGCUAGAAAAUUCAGAAUUACAGAAAGUCUUCUCGAAGUUUUUAGUUAUAAUGAUGAUGUCGCUCUCUUGGUCUUCAAUUCAGCAAUGGGGGGGUAUAACAAGCUCCAUAUGUUCAGUAGCACAAUUGCAGUGUAUGAUCGAAUGAAGUCUGCUGGAGUUGUUCCGAAUUCGGAGUCUUAUUAUAGGAUAAUGGAAGCUUACAUUAAAAUUCGAGAUUAUGAGAAAGUUGUCACAUUGUUUCAAGAAUUUGAAAGUAGGAAGAUCGAUUCGUCGCCUUUUUCCACUCAAAUUUAUAGAAUUCUAUGUGAGUCACUAGGGAAAAUGGGGCGAGCUUUUGAAGCUCUGGAGUUCUUCAGAGAUAUGACAAAGAAGGGGAUCUUGGAGGAUUCUGCGGUUUACUCUUCUUUGAUUUGUUCAUUUGCAAGUAUUCGAGAAGUGAAGGUAGCAGAAGAGCUGUUCAGAGAAGCAGAGGAGAAGAAAAUUUUGAGGGAUCCCGAGGUGUUUCUGAAACUUGUGUUGAUGUAUGUUGAAGAAGGGCUUAUGGAGAGGACGCUUGAGAUCGUUAAGGCCAUGAAGAAUGUGGAAAUCCGGGUUUCUGAUUGCAUAUUUUGUGCUAUAGUUAAUGGCUUCGCCAAGAAGAGAGGGCUCAGGGCUGCAGCCAAAGUCUAUGAUGAGCUGAUCUUGCAGGGCUGUGAACCAGGACAAGUGACCUACGCUUCAAUCAUAAAUGUCUAUUGUCGUAUGGAGCUCUACUCAAAAGCAGAAAUGGUGUUUUCAGAAAUGGAAAAGAAGGGGUUCAAUAAAUGCGUGGUGGCCUAUUCUAGCAUGGUGGUUAUGUAUGGAAAAACCGGUAGGCUGAGGGAGGCGAUGAGGCUGGUCGCGAAGAUGAAAGAAAGAGGAUGCGAGCCCAAUGUAUGGGUUUACAACUCGCUCAUGGACAUGCACGGGAGAGUCAAGAAUUUGAGGCAAGUGGAGAAGCUAUGGAAGGAGAUGAAGCGAAAGAAGGUGGUUCCUGAUAGAGUGAGCUACACUAGUGUUAUAAGCGCUUACAGCAAGGCAGGAGAUUUUGAAACCUGCAUGAGAUUUUACCACGAAUUUAGGAUGAAUGGAGGUGUCAUCGACAGGGUUAUUGCUGGGAUCAUGGUUGGGAUUUUCUCCAAGAGUGGUCGGGUGGAUGAGUUGGUUAAGCUUUUGCAGGAUAUGAAGACAGAAGGAACCGGGCUAGAUGAGAGGCUGUAUAGAUCAGCCUUGAAUGCUUUGAGGGACGCGGGGCUGCAAAUGCAAGCAAGAUGGUUGCAAGAGAGCUUCGACACAACGUAGAAGGCCUAAAGGGUCACCCAAAGAGACACCAAACUUGUUGCUCAGUGAUGGGAGCCAAGGUUGAAUGACACUUGACACCUGCUGCUGGAUCUUUGUUUGGCUCUGGGUUCUGUAAUUACCCUCUUAGAGUCUACUUCAUUAUAUGUCUCUUACCAUUGAAACCAGGAUAUAUACUGGCAGGCAGUGGCUGUACUGUCACAUGAGUAAGGCCAUGGCCAUUGUGAUGAUGGCUCUUGAUUCAUUCAAAGCCACAACCCCCAGUUGCUUUAUUAGUACAAUCUUAUUCUUCUGUAUCCUCCUGUAAUUGGAAAGGCUGCAAUAGUAUUCCAUUUUUUGUAAGAUCAUACUGGAAAGGGUUGGUCUUUUCAAAACGUUUUGAAGAUAUGUAAGUGUCAGUUGGGGUUUGACAAA